AUGGCAGACACUGCUCCCGCUACAGCAGCGCCUCCAGCUGCUGCUACCACUGCACCAGCUGCCGCUCCUAGCCAACAUCAAUUCCAAACCACAACUCAACCUCAAGCUUCAGAGACUUCAUCAGCCCAGUCGCCGAAUGCGUCAACCGCGACCGCUACUAAUGGGCAAUCUCAAGCACCAGCACCAGCCCAGUUCCAGAGUCAGACCCAAACCCAAACCCAGUCCCAGGCUCAGGCUCAAGCUCAGGCAGCACAAGCACAGGCUCAAGCAGCAGCAGCUGUAGCUGUGGUCGGUAAUCAAAGUAACACCAAUGGCAACGCCGGCAUUGAAGAGUUUCCCUGCAUGUGGCAGGGAUGUACUGAACGAUGUGCUAAUCCCGAGACGCUCUAUGAGCACGUGUGUGAAAAACACGUGGGUCGCAAGUCCACCAACAACCUCAAUUUAACUUGUCAAUGGGGCAACUGCCGUACCACGACAGUUAAAAGGGAUCAUAUCACUUCCCAUAUCCGGGUCCAUGUGCCCUUGAAGCCUCACAAGUGUGAACUCUGUGGCAAAGCCUUCAAAAGACCUCAAGAUUUGAAGAAGCACGUCAAAACACACGCAGAUGACUCCGUCCUUAUUCGGUCACCAGGCCCCACGGACGUGAGAGGACAAGAAAUACCUUAUGGUAUGAUGAACAACCCGAAAGGCUUUCCUGCUGGAGCCCAUUACUUUGAACAGCCAAUGAACCCGGUGCAUGCUGGUCAAGGCUACCACCCACAAGCCCAAUACUACCAGGGACAACCUCACCCUCAACCACCUAAUGCAGCUUACGGUAACGUCUAUUACACUCUAAAUGCAGGCGACAACCACACUGUAUAUGAUUCGCGAAAGCGCAUCUUUGACUCUGUCAACGCAUUCUUUGGAGAUACUAAACGCCGCCAAUUUGACCCCACGUCUUAUGCUGCCAUCGGACAGCGUCUUGGCGGCCUCCAAGGUCUGCAGCUGCCUCUCAAUGCUGGCCCUGGAGCGGAUUAUCACAUGGGCGGCGGCAUCCCUGUAGGCCCAGGUGGUGGCUAUGGACCGGCCUUGGCAGCACCGGCUUACCAUCUACCUCCAAUGACUAACGCCCGCACCAAAAGUGAUUUGCUUGACCUCGACCGCAUGCUUGAAACUAUUCAUACGACUGUCUACGAAAGUGAUGAUCACGUUGCUGCGGCAGGUAUCGCUCAGCCCGGAGCCACGUACAUUCCUCGAAUGAGUCAUGGUGGUACUACACAUCAGACACCACCUAUUACUCUUCCCUCUAGCCAUGCCACAGCAACAACUACCAAUAUGUCAAAUGCCUCCAUCAUAGCUGCAACAUCCCCUGGCUCCACGCCAGCUUUGACACCGCCGUCAAGUGCAGUUUCCUACGCGUCCAGCCACCACUCGCCUGGUUCUUACUCGCAUCGCGUCUCUCCUCCGCAUGAUCAUGAUAUGGCCAUGUACCCACGCCUGCCGUCAACCACUGCUCAUGAGAUGGCUGGUGGAUACACAGCCUCUGCCAAUGCUGCGCCCCCAUCGACUCUCAGCAACAGUUUUGAAUAUAACGAUCGCCGGCGAUGGAUGGGCGGAGUUUUGGAGAGAAGUCGGCCGGAUGAUUAUGCCAAGUCUUCUAUAGAUGAUAUGCUUGAAGAUGGCGAGCGAACUCCCACGCGAAAGGACCCUCUUGAUCAUGAUAGCAACGAGAGCGAUGAUAAGUUCAACCACAAUCUGAUUGACCCAGCACUACAACAACAAGAGACUCGCUCGUCAUCUUCACCGGAUGCCGAAGCAGCUAAGCGCGCUGCCCAGGCUGCAACUGAAGCGACCCGACGAGGCGAGGAGGAAUGGCUGGAGAACGUCCGCAUUCUAGAGCAAUUGCGCGCUUAUGUCAGGGACCGACUUGCCCGUGGUGAUUACGAGGAGGAGGGAGAGUCAAAGAGUGACAAUGCAGCUUCUUCUGGCGCUGCAAGCUCUGAGGAUGACCACAUGGAAGGUGUGGAACACACCGAACACAGUCACUCUACGGAAGAGAGACAAAAGUCGGAAGACUCCAAUCCACUUGCGGCAUUGAAAGAAUUAACGACGUCAUCACCGUCGUCGACGCAAGGCUUAUAUCCCACAUUGAAAGGGAUAGAAGAUGAUGCUGAGAGUACGAAAAUGGAGUAA